AUGUCUGGACUGGAGGCUGUCGGAAUCGCAGCCAGUAUUAUCCAAAUCGCAGAUCUCGGCACCAAGUUAUCCGUCAAGUUAUUCUCCUUCUACCGUCAGAUCCAAAACGCCAACCAAGCCAUUCAGCAUCUCUCUAGCGACGUUGCUUUGACAUGCGCAAUCCUCCGAGAACUCGGUGAUAGUCUCAAGCAAGAUGAACAGUCCAAACUAUGCUCCCCAGAAGCCCAUCUCACCGCGAGGCAGAUGCUGAAGCAGUGCGAGGACGUCCUAUGGCAAAUACAAACUAUGAUUGACGAGUCCCAUGUUUCGGGUAAAUCUCGCUGGCAGCAGGCUACAAGUAAACUCCGCAAUGUUCUGAACGAGCCGGACGUGAACUUUGUAAGAGGUAAUCUUGAACGGCUCAAAUCGACGAUGCUCCUGCUCUUGAAUGUGAUUAUGUUUGCAGGGCAGAUACGAAAUAAUCAUAUACCGGAGAUGCUUAAUGAGCAACGGAAUUUGUUCAACAUUCUUCUUAAAGAAAAGGCAAAUGCAAAAGUUGAUAGCAUCGCGACGGCAAAUCUGACGCCCACAAUCUGCCUUACAAGCCUGGCCCAACCACUCAAACCAGCUAUUUCGUUCGAGAUGCAUUCUCAACCUUCAUCAGCAUGCCCUCCUCUUGCACAGCAAGAGGUACAAGACUAUAACUUACUUAUCAAAGCUAUGCUUCGCGAGAUCGACGGCUGCAGAUCCAAGCUCGAAAAGAGUCGCCACUCGCGGAUUCGGGACGGUGUUUUGAAUGUUCACUCAAGUGAGAUAGUUUAUUUUCAACGUAACUAUGGAUUGUCUAUCUUCCAGUGUUUUGAUGAAACCAUUUUUGAAUAUGAUGCUGCAAGGGAAGCCCCGGCCAUAUCCAACUCUAUGCUUUCAAGUGCUGAGGCAUCAGGCGAUCUUGGUAUCUCAGUUGACCAUACCCCGAGUUUAGCCGAGUAUUCCGUUCCUGGAUCAUUUUUCACGCCUCUGACCAGUCCUGCUUUGCCGCCUUCUGAUUUCUGGGCUGCAAGAACAGAGGAUUCCGAAGAUGUGGAUCUAUUUGAUCGUUUUAUGUUUGGAGAUAAAACCAAAUCAGCACAACACUCCAUGGCCAGCCCGGCUCUUCGGCCAACCAUGCAUAAUGGCGAUACUAUCUCUUCAGAAGAGUUUUACAUAUCUACCAAGUCCAACUACCAGAACACUCUCGACGGCACCCAAGUUCCCGGCAUCUCCUACCUGGCACCGACGUCCAAUACUUUGACUUCCAAGCGAACCAGUCACAAAAGUGCUUCGCAGCCGCGCCGCAAUCGCAUCAAUUGCGCACUUAGGGAUUUGGAGAAAUUAAUUCCACCAACGUUUCUCCAAGACCAACAAGCCCAGAAGCUAGCCGCGCCAGGUACUAAUACUGGGGAGAAGGAGGGAAAGGAACCCAGCCAAGUCUUCGGCAAAGCCCUUGUACUGGAGAAGGCUAUUCAGUAUAUAAAAGAGCUAAAGGUGUGGCUCAAAGACCCAGAAGCUUCUGCAGAACCAGAGUCCCCUGCCAACCUGAGCCCGGAGCAUGACCUUCCAAAGGUUCAAGGGCAAGGCCUUCGAAACCGUAUCAACAUCGCACUGAAAGAGAUUGAGUUAAUGAUCCCAUCCGAGUUCGUCCAGACGCGACUGAUCAAAGAGUUGGCCAUAUCUGAGAUCAGCCCUGAAGGAAAUACAAAAGGGAAAUUCGUCACACCAGCGCGUAGCAAGGCUAGUACAGUGGAAAUUGCGGUCGAAUAUAUCAGGGAUCUACAACAGAAGCUUAAAAAUACACCGGGAACACGACUCAUGCCACCCCGUGCACCAUCUCCGAAUGGGUGUACCGAUUCACGAGGCGAAGAGCAUCGGCCGCACACAACACGCCCUCCGGAUGAGCCAACAGCGAUAAACGCUGAGAUACCAGCCAGACCGUUAACCUCCUCAAUCGGGGAGGACCCGACUUCUAGUACGGGAUUACCUCCAGAAAUGCCUGGCUCUGGUUUGGGUUCGUCGCAGAAUACUGCCAAACAGACCACGAGUGCGAAACGGACGAAACGCGGUCAGGGGAUUGUUGACGAAGAGAGAUUAUCAGGUAAAGAAUAUGGUGUCAACCCACAACCCCGGGGAUAUUCAGAAAACAGUUAUGACGACUCACGAGGAACUAUCAUCCUUCCAGAUGGUGAAAACAUUACCAACCCUCAAAUACAGAGACAACAGGCACGAAACCCGACAAGAAGAGCACACCAGUCUUCUGGCAUCAAUUACAGGUUCCGCGAGCACCACAGCCAGAAACGAAAGUUCUCUGAGACUGGCACGCUGAACCCUGUCGCAAUGGCCUCCGUCCCUCUGAUUGAAAAGCGUCAGGAAAUGAGCAAAGGCAUCACAUCCAACGGUACUGUACUUGGGAUUUCCAGCGAGAAAUACCUGGAUGUCUCCAUAGACCCGCUAUGGCCGAGCAGUCUGGAGCAGGCUUUGGAGCGGUGGACAAAUCUCAAGCAAAAUGAAAUCAACGUGGAUAUAGCGGGUUGA